AUGGAGAGUAAAGCAGUAGUUUUGAUUGUAGGAGCUGGCCCUUCUGGCAUUGCAACUGCAGCUUGCUUGACCCAUCAUUCCAUUCCCUAUGUGCUCCUUGAAAGAGAAGAUUGCCAUAAUUCUCUUUGGAAGAAAGGAACCUAUGAUCGACUAGGUCUCCAUCUAGCUAAAGAAUUUUGCUCCUUACCAUAUAAGCCACAGCCACCAAAUACCCCUUCUUUCAUGUCCAAGGAAUGUUUUGUUCGAUACAUAGAUGAAUAUGUGUCCCAGUUUGACAUCAACCCUCGCUACCACCGCUCUGUUGAGUCGGCUUCCUAUGACAAUUCUGAAAACAAAUGGAGGGUUGAAGCUAAGAACACCAUAGAAGGGAAGACGGAGGUUUAUGUUGCUGAGUUUUUAGUGGUUGCUACCGGUGAGAAUAGCGAGGGCUAUAUACCUGAUGUGACUGGUUUGGAUAGCUUUAAGGGAGAGAUUGUACAUUCCAAACAGUACAAAUCAGGUCUGAAAUAUCAAGACCAAGAUGUCUUGGUGGUUGGCUGUGGUAAUUCCGGAAUGGAGAUUGCUUAUGACCUCUCAAACUUCUAUAGUCGCCCCUCCAUUGUUGUCAGAGGCCCGUUUCAUGUGCUGACCAGAGAAGCUGUGCAUCGAGGAAUGUCUUUAAUGAAAUAUCUCCCUGUUCACGUUGUGGAUGCUUUGACCAUGAUACAUGCAGCUUUCCUUUUCGGCAAUCUGUCCAAGUAUGGCAUCCAUCGCCCAAAUAUAGGCCCCUUCUUUCAAAAAUCGUUAACCGGAAGGUCUCCUGUUAUUGAUGUUGGAACAAUCAAAAAGAUCAAACAAGGAGAGGUUCAGGUUGUCCCUGGUAUAGUGAGAAUCAAUGAAGACAGUGUGGAGUUCAUGGAUGGCACUGAGAGGAAGUUCGCUGCGAUUGUGUUUGCAACUGGUUAUAAAAGCUCAGCUAAUGAUUGGCUUAAGGAUUAUAAAUAUGCUCUGAAUGAAGAAGGAAUGCCAAAAAAUCCAUUCCCAGCUCACUUUAAGGGAGAGAAAGGCCUGUAUUGUGCUGGGUUGUCAAAGAGGGGACUGUUUGGAGUAGCGAGGGAUGCAGAGACCAUAGCUGAUGAUAUCAACAAGAUUCUGAGUGCCAGAAACUGGAAGCUCUACCUAUAAGUCCUACACCAAGUACUACUGUGUGUCAAACUUAAA